AUGGCUGGACGUGGUUAUCGACGAAAUAAAGGAGACUUUCGAUCGGUGAGAACAGUUGCUCCAUCAGCAAGAAUGACCGGCGAAAGUGAAGAUGUAUCCGACAUUGUUCAACGAAGUGCACGUGCUUCAAGUGCAUUUCCGACGCUUAAUGAAUCGAUGAGAAGUUUAUCUGUUAGUGAAGCAUCUGCGAAGGAGACUCGUUCGAAGAGUGUUCGUCAACGACUUUCUCGUCGAACUUUGUGUUCAGCAGUCCCCGAUCUGGCAAAUUUAACUCCGGUGCAUCGGCCAGAUGAGGGUGGACACAAAGGCCGCUCAGUCGAUGUCUAUACGAAUCAUUUUCGUGUUGAUAUCGAAGACGCGACUGUCUAUCAAUAUGAUAUUGAAAUAGUUAUGAUCAAUCGCAGCGGUAAACCAUGUCAAGCACGUAAAGAUGACAGAUGGGAAGUCAUGCAAACUAUAAUUAAGCAAAGAAAACAUCUUCCGACAAUAUGGUAUGACGAAGGCAAGACUGUAUAUUCAAAAGAAAGCUUGCCUGAUUUGGGACUACCCAUUGAAAUUUCGUUGACUAAGGAAGAAGUGAAAAAGUUUUGCUUGACCAAAUGCAAUUUGGUUCAACAAAGUCGAAUUCAAAGUAUCCAUGAUUACAUUCGACGAAAGACAACUACUCGACCGCAAGAGGCAAUUCGAAUAAUUGAGACUUAUGACUCAGCUAGAGUUUACGAUUAUGUUAAACAAUCUUCCAAUCGAUCGAUCGGUUUAAUGACCCAAUGUGUUAAUUAUCAAGCUCUAGAACGAAACAUUAGCAAACUCAAUAUGUACGUAGAAAACAUCAGUCAAAAGAUCAAUGGAAAAUUGGGUGGUAUCAAUGGCGUCGUCAAUAUAAAAUCCGCAUUGAGUCGACCUUCAAAUGAAGAUUUGUUCAUGUUUUUUGGAGCGGAUGUUACUCAUUCGACUUGCUCAACAGAAAGUCCAUCGAUUGCAGCAGUCGUUGGCUCUCGAGACGCGACAAAUAGUUUGUAUGCAGCUCGGCUCUGUGAGCAAUACCCCAAAAAAGGCCGUUGCUCCGUCGAGAUUAUUAAAGAAUUAGGCAGCAUGGUGACUCAGUUGCUUCAACUAUUCGCUGACGCUCACGGUGGCUGUCUUCCGAAUAAAAUUGUAUUCUAUCGAGAUGGCGUCGACGACGGACAAUAUCAAAAGGUACUCGACUAUGAAGUUACACAAAUAAAAACUGCUUGUCGUCAACUAUAUCCGAAUGGAUUCACACCACAAUUGACUUUUAUUGUGGUGAAAAAACGUCAUAAUACACGAUUCUUCCUCUAUGAGAGUGAUCAGACAUUGAAUGUCGAACCAGGCACUGUUAUCGAUCAGGAUAUCACACAUCCCUUCCAAUUUGAUUUCUACCUAUGUUCACAAAAGGCAUUAAAAGGCACAUCACGACCAACCUUGUAUCAUGUCGUACAUGAUGAUAAUCAGUUUACUAGCGAUGACAUACAACAACUUACCUAUUGGCUAUGCCAUACAGAUAUGCGUUGUACAAAAUCCGUUUCUAUUCCAGCGCCAGUGCACUACGCCCAUCUAGCAGCGUAUGCAUCACGAGCACUUCGUUUAGAAAAAGAUGAAAAUAUCGAAGGUAUUGAUGGCGGAAGUGAAGAUCCCGAAGACUAUUGUCUUGAUGACAUUAAAACAGAACUAAUGAUGUUAGAUACCAAAAUCGCUGAUGAUAUGUGGUUUUUGUAA